AUGAUCAGAAGUUUAGGAGACUAUAAAAAGGACGAUAAAAAGGGCAAAAAGGAUAGUGAGUCCUAUGCUGGAGGGGAAAAGAGUGGAAUAGCUGUUCAACAUGGAAAUAAUGAUAUCGAUGCUAUCAUUGAAAAAGCCAGACAAGGAGGAAGAGAGGAAUCUAAGAACGGUCCUCCAAAGACUGAACUUAGAAUAACUUUAUAUUCAAAUGGUUUCUAAGUCGAUGAUGGCCCUUUCAGACCAUAUGAAGCUGAAGAGAAUAAGUAAUUCAUGAAAGAACUGAAUGAGGGCUAUGUUCCUAAAGAGAUUCAAGAUAAAUAUAGAGGUAAAGGAGUAAGUGUUGGUCUUGAAGACAAGAGAAAGGAGGCAUACAGACCACCUACUCCACCCAAAUAUGUUGCUUAUUCUGGUGCUGGACAAUCUCUAGGUGGAGUUCAAGGUUAAGGAUUGUCGGUGAACAAGAGUGCAGGAGGAUUACCUCCAGUUGACGAAGAUCAGCCUAAAACCACUAUUCAAAUUAGAUUCCACAACGGAGAGAGAGCUUCUAUUACUCUGAAUUUGCAUCAUAGAGUUAGUGAUAUUCAUGAUUAUGUAAUGAAUGCUGCCCCAGUUGAGGGAGAAUAUUAACUAGUAUUUGGUUUCCCUCCAAAGGCAAUUUCAGACCCAUCUAAAACUAUUGAACAAGCUGGCCUUAAGAAUGCUUCAAUUACUCAAAAGAUAUUAUGA